AUGGCUGCCCUUCCUGCUCCUGUUCCUGACGAGGCUGUAGAAGAGCCAGCUGGCGCUGUUGAAGCUGCUCCGCCACCAGUGGUUGAGCCCGAGGUAAUUUUUUGCUUUUCUUUUGUUUCAGUCAGCCGAGCCCUGCGAGCUGCUCGUUUCUUUGCCACGUGUUUACGUAUUUUCUGUUAGCUAUUUUCUAUAGUUCCGAAUGUAGUUCUCUGUUUUGCUUGCUGGUUGCCACGUGUUUACUCGGGUGUUAUUUUUCCGUAUGCUAGCGUUUUUGCCGCUUUGUAAACGAGGUUAAUCCGCACUGUGGCGCGGGAGAUUAGUCGUAUGUAACACUUUCACGUGUGUUUCGGAUUUUCGCUUCGCCGCAAGAGUUUGCUGUUUAAUUUGUAGCAUAAGAAGUUUUCCUUUUAUUGUUUCGUUAGUUACCGCUUUCAGCGGCGUGCUAAGGCCAUCAAUGCGGGUUUUUCACGUUUUAUUGCAAGAAGUUUACACCUUAGGGCAUAAAUUAUAGGACCUUUAUUUGUCUUCCCUGUGCUCGCUCGUUAAACAAACAAAAUUAUAAACAUAUUAUAUAUAUUAAGUUUGGGAAGGAAAUGGAAAGUGAGUGCUUGAGGUUUCCGCUUUGUUAGCGAGGAGAUACCGCUUUUCUAAAGCGAGAAAUGUUGGUGGUAAGAUGUGUGUAUAUUUUUGCGAUUGGGAAGUUUUUCGCUUCACAAACUAGGAGAUACCGCUUUAUCGCGAGGAACGUUGGUCGAUAUUUCUACGCGAGGAGAUACCGCUUAUAGCGACGAAGUUGUGUUAGUAGGCAUAUUUUUUGGGCAUAUUGAGAGUUUCCGCAUUUCGUGCGCAGGGAUACCGCUUUAAGGCGAGGCCUGUUUGUCGUUUUUUUUGUUUUUCGCUUCUUAGCAAGCAGUACUGGCAGCGGAUGUGUGUAUAUUACCUUUGCAUAACUGAAGUUUCUGUUUUGUCAUAAUGAGAUACCGCUUUUAGGCGAGGAAAUUCUAUUACAUUAUAUUGUUUAUAUGUCUAUUACACGCAUUCCAGUUCUAAUUGUUUCGCGUUGUAUGCGAGGACAUGUAGCUUCAUGUUGUAGGAAGGAAGGAAGCAUGCAAAAAAAAAACAAAAAAAAGGUUGGGAGAAACGGAAGGCAAAUGAGAUCAACAAGGGAUACAGGGACGCUAGAUCGUUAUCGAACCGUAUGGUUAUGUCUUUUCGUUUUUGCUCGUAGUUUUCCACUUUACAUGUAUAUUUGAGGGAUACCGCUUUGUAGCGAAGUGUCUUAGGUCUUAGUCGUGCUGAUUUGGCAAUGUUUUUCUUUUAUGACUGGUUGGUCUACUGUAGUUUUUGUUUCAGGUGCUUUCUUUUCCUUUUGGAAAUUUAAUCGGUUUCUAUGCGCCACCGUGUUUGUUGUUUUCGUUUCGUUUACCUUAAGUUUCUUUAAAUUUUUUCUCUCGCCUGUCAGGCUGACGUUCGUUUGGUUGAGUUAGAAAGAAAGGUCCGAGCCCUAAAGCAGGAGAAAACUUUGGAGACUAACGAGGGUACUUUAGUUAACCUUAGAAGAUACCUUAACCGUCCUAAUAGCGCUUUUGACCGUUUCGAAGUGUUGGACAUUUUACAAGCUUUAGUGCGCCUCGCGCGCACCCAAGCACACCAGAAGGCUGAAGAAUAUGCCGCCGCCCUGGACGAGGUACGAGCGAGAUGGGACUCUCUCAGUUCCCCCGAGUUGCAGCGUUUAUUGCUCGGGCUGUUGGGAGACCCC